GCGGCUUCAUUAGGUUUUGAGUAAACGGGGAGGAAGAGCGGAGCCAAGUGUUUUUCCAGAUACAGAAGAAUUAGCGACAAGUUCCCCGGUCAUGAGUUUUCCCUGUGUUCUUUAGGAUUCUGAGUUUAUAAGACAGAACGCCCUAGCUCUUUAUUUACUCUUUAUUUUAUGCGCAAUGGAGCAGCCGGUACCUAAAAAUAAACUGAAGAAACUCAGUGAGGACAGUUUAACCAAGCAGCCCGAGGAGGUCUUCGAUGUGCUCGAGAAACUUGGAGAAGGGUCCUAUGGCAGUGUAUUUAAAGCCAUUCACAAAGAAUCAGGCCAGGUAGUGGCCAUUAAGCAGGUUCCUGUGGAGUCUGACCUGCAGGAAAUCAUUAAGGAGAUUUCUAUCAUGCAGCAAUGUGACAGUCCCUAUGUGGUGAAGUACUAUGGCAGUUAUUUCAAGAAUACAGACUUGUGGAUUGUUAUGGAGUACUGCGGUGCUGGCUCUGUGUCUGAUAUCAUCAGAUUACGUAAUAAAACACUCACAGAGGAUGAGAUCGCUACCAUCCUCAAAUCCACCUUGAAGGGCCUUGAGUAUUUGCACUUUAUGAGGAAAAUUCACAGGGACAUCAAAGCUGGGAACAUUCUCCUUAACACUGAGGGGCAUGCUAAACUUGCUGAUUUUGGAGUGGCUGGGCAGCUUACUGAUACAAUGGCAAAGAGGAACACUGUAAUUGGCACUCCUUUCUGGAUGGCUCCUGAGGUGAUUCAGGAGAUCGGUUACAAUUGUGUGGCAGAUAUCUGGUCCCUUGGCAUCACCUCCAUAGAAAUGGCAGAGGGCAAGCCUCCCUAUGCAGAUAUUCAUCCAAUGAGAGCUAUUUUCAUGAUUCCAACAAAUCCCCCACCAACCUUCAGGAAGCCAGAGCUUUGGAGUGAUGAUUUCACAGAUUUUGUAAAGAAAUGUCUUGUAAAAAAUCCUGAACAGAGAGCUACAGCCACUCAACUGUUACAGCAUCCAUUCAUUACCAGUGCUAAGCCAGUGAGCAUACUGAGGGACCUAAUCACAGAAGCCAUGGACAUGAAAGCAAAGAGACAACAGGAACAGCAGAGGGAACUGGAAGAGGAAGAUGAAAACUCGGAGGAGGAGGUGGAGGUAGACUCUCACACCAUGGUGAAAUCCGGCUCAGAGAGCGCUGGCACCAUGCGAGCAACAGGCACAAUGAGCGAUGGGGCACAGACUAUGAUUGAACACGGCAGCACCAUGCUAGAGUCAGACUUGGGCACCAUGGUGAUCAACAGUGAUGAUGAGGAUGAGGAUGAAGAUGUAGGCUCAAUGAGGAGAAAUCCUACAGCACCGCAAGCUCAGCGCCCAUCUUUCAUGGACUACUUCGACAAGCAGGAUUCCAAUAAAGCACAGGAGAGUUACAACCACAACCAGCAAGACCCUUACCUCAUACACAAGACUGCUUUCCCUGACAACUGGAAAGUACCACAGGAUGGAGACUUUGAUUUUCUGAAGAAUCUAGAGUUUGAGGAGCUGCAAAUGCGCCUCAGUGCUCUGGACCCCAUGAUGGAGCGAGAAAUCGAGGAGUUGCGGCAGCGCUACACUGCUAAGAGGCAGCCCAUUCUGGAUGCCAUGGAUGCAAAGAAGCGCCGGCAGCAAAACUUCUAAGACAGACGGAAGGAGGGAAAAAAGAUCAGAGGAGUGAAUUCAAAACUGGCAGGCCAGAUAUUCAGUUCCCUUUCGAGUCUUAUAUCCAGUUUUAGUACUGACGUCUCACCUCUUACUGUAAGCCUCCUGCUGUUUAUUGGACAUGGGAGCAUCUAACGAAGUAUGAAAGUGCUUUUUUUCCUUCUUUAUAUCUUUUAACAUGGCAACUCACCUGAGACCUGAGCCUCAUCUUCAGUUGGUCCCUGUAUGCAGAAUUACAAAACAACCUAAUUUAAUAUAAAUCGACAAGGGAAGAAUCUACCACGUGCAUGAAAUGAAUGUAGUCAGCAGUCGGUCUUAUGAAGAAAUAUUCACGGCCCUAAAUGAGUUCCAAUUUAAUGAAAAGUGCAGGCAAAUAUUGAAUCCCCUUAAAGAGGAGAGAAAAGGAGUAAGGAGAGUUUUUUUAUGUACCCUUUUUAUACCAUUAUUUCUCUUAAUAUCCAGACAGUUUUCUAAAUGUGGCUACAGUGCAGAGUAUGAUAAUGUCUGGAAUUGUGAAGGAUGAUUGCACAAAAAAAACUGUUUGUUGGAAUUCUAAGCGUUAAUUAAACAAAACAAAAAAAGAAAAACCAAAGACAAUCAUACAAGGGCCUUAGAGAGCUUUCAGUGGACAGCCUAAACCUAUUUUUAGACAGAGUUCCCUUUGUUUGGUGUAAAACUGAACUGAGAGUUCCAGUCUUAUGGGACCAUGUUUUAGUAGACUUGGGGAGUUUUCACACCUGUAGUUCGGUUGCUCUAAUCUGAAUCAGUUAAAGUGUUUUCCCCUUGGUUUGGUUUGUUUUCGCACAAUGAAAAAUCAUAUGCACCAAAAACUUGAAAUGGUCUCUCUACUUAAUGAACAGAGCUGCUUGUGGUGAGAGGAAGAAAGUAAAUACAGGAAGAAGGUGCUGUGUUCCAGACCGUCACUUCCUGGUUUUAACCGGAAACUCGAUUUGGACCAAUGUGCAAUUUAAAUUGGAGCAAAAGCUGACUUGGCAUUUGUUCAUAAAUGUAGUAAUUACCUAGGCAACAUAUUAGGUUUACACUUGAUUAUAGAGGAGGCAUUUCACUUGAUAUUGUAGAGUACUCCUGAUAGUUGUGUUCAAUCAAGAUUAGAUCACAUAUUUCACACCAUAAACAAGAUUGUUUGAGGACAAACCAAAACCAUCUCCUCUCAAUGGUCUCACUGCAGUUUCUGUUUGUGGUCUGCAACUGGACCAAGGACGAAAACGAGUCUCAGAGUCUGAAUAACUGAACUAAACUUUGCAGUGGUGAAAACUCCCUAAGAUUGACUGUUAAAGGAUUUAAAUUACCUUUUUUAUGUAUCCUGUUUUCAGCAGUAGUUGAAAAAAUGGAGCAAUUCAUAUGACUGUAUUCCCCACUAUUACUAAGAUCAUUUCAGGGACCCAAUCUUGUUCUGUAAAUAUGCAUGGACUAUUUAAGUUUCAUAUGUUUUGCUUCUCAUUCUGAAUGUCAUUUUUUUUCCUUCAUUUUUGAAUGUUCUGAAGUUCUGUCUGUUUCAUGUUGCUCUGUUUCCUUCUCUGCUAGUGCCUCCUGAAUCAUGUUCUGUAUGGUAACACUCCUGUGAGGAAGUGUAAAUCACAUGCCCUCAGACUCCUCCACUUUAUCUCAGGGGUUGCUUAACAUCAGCUUCUCUUUAUCCUUUUCUUUUGGUCAAGGAUUUAUUGACUUUUCUAAUGUAACUUCCAUGUCUACCAGCAUUAUUAUUACUAUUGGUUUGUCUGUUACUGGUACCUAAGCAAUACCACAAAACUCCAAGCAUAAUCUGAAGAAAUCUCUGCAACCAAGAUGUCCUAAAGAGGCAAGUAAAAGACAGUGUGCGAUGUAGUAUGUGGCCCUUUAUGCGGACGUUUUGCUAAUAAUGUCUUUAAAUUUAAGAUUGUGUGAAGAUUGUAUGUUCUUGUUUUGAAACGGUUACAUUGGUUUCACAAGAAAUUGUUGAUGAAGUUAGUUUAAGAUUGUGCUUAGAAUGCCUUAUGUCUUCUUUUUGUGAAUUAUAUCACUAUGUUUCUUACUUCCUAACAUGUAUUAUAGGCACAUUUCCACUGAAUACCUUAAUUUAUUAUUAUUCAUAUCAAUUAUUGCUGCUGUUGCAUGAAAACCUUUUGAAACUGAAAUUGAAAGCAGGCUCCUCGCAAUUCCCUCUAAAUCAUAACAGCUAUACAGCUUAAGAAGUCAGCCCUGAGUACAUUGUGAUUUGUAAGAGGUUUUUUAGAGAAGGCUUUCUUGCAAUAGGAAUUUUAAAAGAUUUCACUCCCUCUAAGAGUGUUUUGUUUUUUGUUUUUUUAAAUAAAGUU